ACCGUCGUCGCCGCCGCCACGGAAGAGGGAAAGAGAGAGCAAGAGAGGAAGAGAGGAGCGCGCAAAGUCUGCCGAGACUCGGAGUGAAACGUCCGCUUCGGCGAGUCUGGCAGCAUAGUCGCGGCCUGGGCAGAGUCUAGCUCGUAUCGCUCGUACGCGAAAACACCUAGUGCCUCGCCGUCGGUGUCAGUGUGUGUGCCCCGUGUGUGCGUGUGUGUGACUGUGCAGCCGUGCUUUGCCUGCGAGCUCUGGUGUCGACGACUGUGUGUUUCGAGCUCCGUCUCUAUCUCUCUUUCUGUCCUGCUGUCGUGUGACUGUGUUAGCGCACACAUAUACACUCAGACACACUCGUACGUACCGUACGAGACUAGUCAGUCGGUUUCAUUCACUUCGCAGCAGCCACCAACUGGGCCAGAAGCGUAACUCCUCGCCCUUCGCGCCUCUCUUAUACUACCGAAAAUUCGCUCCGCUGUUUUGCUGAUGAUGAUUAUGCCCGCGAGAGCAUAGAUCGAGUAAUUCAGUGACACCCUCUCUCCUCGAGUGAAACGCCAGUGUGUCAGUGCGUGUGUAAAUAAUAUACUACGCAGAGCUAUACCGAGACUCAUUAAACGAUGAUAAUGAAAGCAGUUAUCUGAGAAUAAUCAGUCGCAAUUUGAACGACGUACGCGCUGCUUCUAUACUGCAGUUGCUGCUCGACUCGUUUUUGAGUUUCUCCGACUUGUGCCUCUACGUAAUAUCAAUUAAAGUUGUGCGCGGCAGUGUCAGAGAGCUGAACCGCCGCGUUUAGAGGAGGAUUGCAAUUUAGACACGGAUUUUGCGUGUAUACAGCUGCAGCUCGAGAGUCUUUCGCUUCUCUCGCUCCGUUCUACGCUCGUACUUGGUCUAUUCGUGCUGUAUAGUUGCACACAUAGCAUACGUGAAUACUGUGGUGUGGUUCGUUCGUGCAAUACAGAUAUACAUCUAUAAAAAAAAGUCGUGCGAUAUACAGACGACGGUUUAGCCAGUGUCCAAGUGCACAGCAGUCGACAAGUGCAACGAGACAUUUACCAGCUAUAUAAAGACUGGAGGGAGAAAUAACAUUCUCACAUCAACUCUAGGUACUUAUACUUAAAUUGAGACAACACAUUCUGCUUUGAUCAAAAUCAUAAAGCAACAGCAUCGACAUGUCACACCACAGCGACGACAACAUGCUCAUAGCCACGUCGGACUCGUUCUGGGAGCCGGGCAAUUACAAGCGCACGACCAAGCGCAUCGAGGACGGGCACAAGCUCUGCGACUCGCUCGUGGCACUCGUGCAGGAGCGCGCCGAGAUCGAGAAGAGCUACGCCAAGGCGCUCAAAGCCUGGUCCAAAAAUUGGAACGACAAAAUCGAGAAAGGCCCGGAGUACGGCACUACGGAGGCCGCUUGGAAGGGCGUGCUCGGCGAGGCCGACAGCCUCUGCGAGCUCCACCUGAGGAUCAAGGAAAACCUCUGCAACGACGUCGUGCAGCAGAUCAAGACGUGGCAGAAGGACACCUAUCACAAGUCCAUGAUGACGUUAAAAGAGCGCAAAGAGAUGGAAGACGCCUUUAAGAAAGCUCAGAAGCCCUGGUCCAAAAUAUUGCAAAAAGUCGAGAAGGCCAAAUCUGAUUACCACAACAGUUGCAAAACCGAACGUUCGGCCGCCAAUCAAGAGAGAAACGCCUCGGCUGAUAGUUCACUCUCGCCUGAUCAGACUGCCCGAGGCUCAGACAAAGCUCUUACGGUAAAAAAAAUGCAAGACCGAGUACAAAAAACAAAAGAAGAAGUGCAGAAAGCCAAGGAAAAGUAUGAAAGUGCAUUGCAGGAGAUAAAUCAAUACAAUCCCAAGUACAUGGAGGAUAUGACUCAAGUGUUUGAAAAAUGCCAAGAAAUGGAAGCGCAACGAUUACAGUUUUUCAAAGAUGUACUUUUUGGUAUUCACAAAUGCCUAAAUAUUUCGCAAGAUACAUCACUCCCUCAAAUUUAUGACGAGUUUUUCCACACUGUCAACAACGCCGAUCAUGAAAAAGAUCUUAAAUGGUGGUCCAACAAUCAUGGUGUUUCCAUGGCCAUGGCUUGGCCACAAUUUGAGGACUACACGGAAGAGUUCCGUGACAUCACCAAAGGAUCAAAAUCAAAGGAGGCACUGCCUGCUGGAUCCAUUACACUUAUCAAUCAACGCCCUGUCGGCGAGGACUUGCAUGACUAUCCACCAGUUAAUCACAAAGCGAAAGCCAAGCCAGCUAGUCGAGUGAUAUCAACAGAUGCCAAUAACAGCGACAGUAAAAACGACACAAACAGCUCGUCCAAACCACCAGCGGAGAAAAACAACCACGACAGUAAUUCAGUCAAUAGAAACUCAAUCUCAAAUGGUAGCAACAAAGCUAAAGACGAAACGAAUCCCUUCGAGGAAGAGGAAUGGGACGAGGACGCGGCUGAACCAUUAGUUGACAACGGUGAACCCGGUGUGCCAGUUCGAGCACUUUACGAUUACGAGGGGGCUGAAGCUGACGAACUAAGUUUCAAACAAGGUGACAUUUUUGAAAAACUUGAAGACGAGGACGAACAAGGUUGGUGCAAAGGAAGGAAAGAUGGUCGAGUUGGCCUCUAUCCAGCUAAUUACGUAGACCUCGUGUCACCGUAAAUUACCAUCUUUUAAAGGCGUUCAAAUUUUCAACGAAAUCCUCGAACUCCAUUGUUAUGGCAAAAAUCAUAAAACUGUUAUUAAUAUUAUCUUUGAAAACGUCAACUAUGAGAAUAACAGAGCAUUCACGCAAUACAUGCAAAGUUCUCUUCUUUGAAAUAAUUCUUGUUAUGGUGAAUAUGAGUCUUAUACAAAAAUGCAUAUAAAGUCUACAUCGAAAAUGAUUCAAGAUAGAAAUACACGUACACACUGAUACACACACUAACACAUCCAUCGGCAGUGCGUUUAUUAUGAUCUAGAAUACUUUAUCUCGUAAAAUAUCUGCAUGAUAUGACUCAACAGAAAAACAAAGAUGAAGUUUGUAUAGAAAAUAUUAUUGAAAGAUCAUGAGAGCGAAUAUUCGCAUUUUUUAUAUUAUAUAAUUGUUUAACUUUUUUCUUUAUUUUUGCAAUUUGUUGAGGUACGUACAUUAUUGGACAUAAAUGUUCGUAAAUUACGAUCGUUUACCGAUAUUGUUCUCUCUUUACUUCAUCAUGCGCGCAUGUUAGUAGAGGUAAAGAGCUCAAGCAGCUGGUAAGCAUUAUUGCGUGUUAAUAUUACUAUUAUUAUAUAUGCGUAUUCUUCUGCAAGGAGAAUCGGACAAAAGGUUUUUAUGUAAUUUAAUUUAUUGUUACGAUUCGAUAAAAGAUUAUAAUUAUUGAUCACGAUAGAAGAUAUCGACAGCCAACGCGAUCCGAGUUCAAGCGUCGCAUAGCAUACAUACAUACAUUAUUUACAAUAGACGAUAAUAUACUAUACAUAUAUAUACACGCGUGAAAAUCAUUUCUGUAUGGUGGCAUUGUAAAUAAUAGUAUUAAAUUACAUAGAAUAUAUUAUAAAUAUAUAAAUACAUAUUAUAUGUAACUUGAGAUUUAAUUAUCAAGACAUUUUAAAAGUUGGUUGAAACAUCUUAUCACUGACGUUCGUCAAAAUAGACGAUGAAUAUCAAAAAUUGAAUCAUUCAACGGGAUGCCAAUUCAAAAAUAAUGUACUAUUAUUGUAACUGCAAGUUUUUUUCGAUCUAAAAACGAGAGAAGCAUGCAGUAUUCAUGAAAAAGAAUAAAAACUGAAAACACAACUCUUAUAAAUACAUUCUUACAUACAUAUAUAUAAAAAAAAAUAUAAUUCAAAAAUACUGCAAGACUAGUUAGAGAGAAAUCAGGACCUCAUGUAAUGAGAGAAAUAAAAUAAUAUCUCAAUAACAUGAUUAUUUGACCGUGAUAAAAAUUGGAAUACACUCAAGUUUCUGGAUAAUGGGAGUACUUUACAAAGAAAAAUUAUAUGGAAGGAAAAAAACAUUUAUACUGCAUAUCGUAUAAUUUACAUCGCAAAAUGUGUCUUGAAGUUUUUUCUGGCAUAAUUGGAAAUUUUGAUAAAAUAUUUAAAUGGCUUGAGCAAACAUUUGUACACGACCAAUAGAUAUUUAUACACAAAAGUGAAGAUAUGAAUUUUACCGUUUGUAAAUAGUUUUCUUUAUGAUAGUACGAAUAAUUUGCUUUUACUUCUAUUAUCGUACCCUAUAAUUAGCCAAAGUAAAAACUUGACAAAGAUGAGAUCGUUUGCUAACAAAGUUGUUAAAGUUUAAAGAUGCCUGAUAUAAUUCUUUCUCUUUUUAUUGUUCAGUGAUUUCCCACAAACACUGAAUUUUCCAAAAAGAGUAACUUUUAAUUUAGUAUUGAACUUACUUAUAAUUAUUUUACGAAUUUUCCAAAAAGUUUCAUUACAGGUCGUUUUAAAAAAAUACUGAAGGAUCUAAAUGUUAUUAAACAUUGAUGUUUACUUAUUUAUAACGGUAUAAAAAAGGUACUCCCUCUUCAAUCAUUAAAUUGAAUAGAAUAGUCUAUACAUAUAGACGUUCAUGAAACAUUCAUAAAGCUAGUUUUCAAAUAAACUUUGAUAAUGAUUAAGAAAAAUGUUCGAUAUAAAUGUUUACAAUUUAUUCGAUCGUAAACAUAAAAUAUAACCGUUUCUAGUUCUUUUUUCAUUUUAGUGAUAGAAAAGGUAACGGUAAUAUUUGCAAAAAUUAAGAACUUGGGAUUUCAAAUACUUCACAGUUAAAUAAAAAAACGUCAUGAGUUAUUGAAAAUAACAUAACGUAUGGGCAAAAAUUCAUGUAAAUAAAACAAUAACAAUAAAAAACAUAGUGUUCGAAAAAUUUUGAUUCUCACGCUAGAAAAUACUUACAAUAAGAACAUUUUAAAAAAGCGACAACUUUGGACUGAUUUUUGCUAUAAUUCAGUACAUUUUUUGGACGUGAACAUUGAAGAAGAGAGAUCUAAAAUAGAAAAAAUUGUUACAUGGGUAUUAUCUAGUUGCUAUGUAAAUUAUUAGAUAAUAUGAACAUAAAUACACAAAAUAAAUCACCCUUGAAAAACGUA